GGCGCUCCCGGUGUCCGUGCCCGUCGGUAGCCCAGCCCGGCGGAGCCGCCCCCGGCCCGCGGCCAUGGGGCACCCGCCGCUGGAGUUCAGCGACUGCUACCUGGACAGCCCCGACUUCCGAGAGCGCCUCAAGUGCUACGAGCAGGAGCUGGAGCGAACCAACAAGUUCAUCAAGGAGGUGAUCAAGGACGGCAACGCGCUCAUCGCCGCCAUCCGCGGGUAUUCCUCGGCCGUGCAGAAGUUCUCCCAGACCCUGCAAUCCUUCCAGUUCGACUUCAUUGGUGACACACUAACAGAUGAUGAGAUUAAUAUUGCUGAGUCCUUUAAGGAGUUUGCAGAGCUGCUGCACGAAGUAGAGCUGGAGAGGUCCAUGAUGGUGCAGAAUGCAAGUGAUUUGCUGAUCAAACCUUUGGAAAACUUCCGGAAGGAGCAGAUAGGGUUCACCAAGGAAAGAAAGAAAAAGUUUGAGAAGGAUGGUGAGAAGUUUUACUCUAUGCUGGAUCGCCACCUGCAUUUGUCUUCCAAAAAGAAGGAAUCCCAGUUACAGGAGGCUGACCUUCAGGUGGACAAAGAGAGACACAAUUUCUUUGAGUCCUCCCUCGAGUACGUGUACCAGAUCCAGGAAGUACAGGAGAGCAAGAAAUUCAGUAUUGUGGAGCCGGUGCUGGCAUUUCUCCACAGUCUUUUCACUUACAACAAUCUGACAGUGGAGCUGACGCAGGAUUUUCUCCCCUACAAGCAGCAGCUCCAGCUCAGCCUGCAGAAUACAAGGAAUCACUUUUCCAGCACGCGGGAGGAGCUGGAAGACCUGAAGAAGAGGAUGAAGGAAGCGCCCCUAACCUGCAAGCUCCCUGGGCAGCCGACCAUUGAGGGCUACCUCUACACUCAGGAGAAAUGGGCACUGGGCAUCUCCUGGGUGAAGUAUUACUGCCAGUAUGAAAAGGAGGCAAAAACCUUACGGAUGACACCCAUAGACCAGAAGCCUGGAGCUAAGCAGGGCACCUUGGACCUGACCUUGAAGUCCUGCGUUAGGAGAAAGACAGACUCCAUAGACAAAAGGUUUUGUUUUGACAUUGAAACCAAUGAAAGGUCCGGGACCAUCACGCUGCAGGCUCUCUCGGAAGCCAACCGGAGGCUGUGGAUGGAGGCGAUGGACGGGAAGGAGCCGAUCUACCACAGUCCCAUCACGAAGCAGGAAGAAAUGGAGCUGAACGAGGUCGGCUUCAAGUUUGUUCGGAAGUGCAUCAACGCAGUGGAGACAAAAGGAAUCACCACGGAGGGUGUGUACCGGACUGUUGGCAGCAAUAUCCAGGUGCAGAAGUUGCUGAAUGCCUUUUUUGAUCCGAAAUGCCCCGGCGACGUGGAUCUCCAGAGUGGGGAUUGGGACAUCAAGACCAUUACCAGCUCACUGAAGUUCUAUCUCAGGAACCUGUCUGAACCCGUCAUGACAUACAAGCUCCACAAAGAGCUGGUCCUGGCUGCCAAGUCCGAGAACCUGGAUUACAGGCUGGGAGCUAUUCAUGCACUGGUGUAUAAACUGCCUGACAAGAACAGGGAGAUGUUGGAGCUCCUCAUCCAGCACCUCGUCAAUGUCUGUGAGCACAGCCGGGAGAACCUGAUGUCACCGUCCAACAUGGGGGUGAUCUUCGGGCCCACUCUCAUGCGAGCGCAGGAGGACACUGUGGCAGCGAUGAUGAACAUCAAGUUCCAAAACAUCGUGGUCGAGAUCCUGAUCGAGCACUUUGGGAAGAUCUACUCCGGCCCCCCAGAGGACACCUCGGCCCCUCCAGUGCCCCCACCCAGGGUGGCUGCCCGGCGGCACAAACCCAUCACCAUCUCCAAACGUCCCCUGAGGGAAAGACCUGUCUUCUUUGGUGCUUCUGUGGAGGACAGUGGAGCAGAGUGGCUCGGCCAGACCCCCAAUGGAGGCGGCGUGGAGGCCCCCAAGCCGCUGCACCGCAGCCGCCCGCCCGCACCCCGGCCCGGGGGGGAUGAACUGGGGCGUCCCCCGGCCGAGGGCCGGCCCCAGCCGCGCCCCGAGCCCGAGCUGGGCAAGCCGGUGGCCAGGCUGCAGGAUGGAGGGGCGAAACCGCCAGGCAAGGCGGCCAACGGGGUGGUGAGCAGCCCUGCCCUGAGGAGCGGCACCCUGCAGGCCAGGAGACCGGCCCCACGGCCGGGGGGCAGCAGGGAUGGUGACUGUGACGGUGUCCCUAAGCCGCGUUCCCAUAGCGAUAAGCCCGUGAUAAUGCGGCCUCCCGUGAGACCUCCAGAUCCACCCUGCAGGACUCCAGUCCCUCCAAAGCUGGAGCAGAGGCCAGAUCUGAUAGCAGGGACAGCAGAGGAGAUGCCCUCAUCUGUGGUGGCCUCUAGGACCAAGUUCUUUGAGACGGCUUCCCGAAGGUAAGGCUGUUCUUCAUCACCACAAGGCAGGAUCCCAGGUGAUGAGAGCUGAGGCUAAAGGCUUUGUAAGCAGCUCGGCCCAGCUGGACCCAGGAGACUUUCUGUGCUUGUGACCCAGGAGUCACAGCUGAGCCUUGCCAGCCCCAGUGCCCUGGAGAGCAGCCUUCUUACUGGACGAUGAUUUCCGAGCCACAAGUGGCUCAAGAAAUUAGAAGAGGGAGACCAUGAUGGAGAGCAGGCCCUGCCCACGUGUCUGUGUUGAACUGUUUUCAGCCCUCCCACCUCUCCUCCCUGCAGUCUGUGGCAGUGCCUGUGUGUGCCCGUGCACGUCCGGCAGUGUGGGCAGGGCUGGGGGACCCCGACCAGCUGCGGAAGGGACAGCGGA